AUGGCUGGCACUGAAGAGCGGCCCGUCUCCCCACCAGCAGAAGAGAAACUGGGCGAGGGCAACGGUCGAAACAUCCCAGACGGACGAGCAUCUCAUCAGACCUACACGGUGUCUCAGGUUCCCUUUCCUCCCUAUCAGAAGCUCGCGAACCCGGGUCCUUUGGGUCUCUUAGGGUUCGCCGUCACGACGUUUGUUCUCGGUCUCUAUCAAUGCGGAGCCGGAUUGCCUCAUUCGAAUCCCCAAGGGAAGGUCGGUCCCGACCAGGCCGUCUUCGGACUGGCCAUCUUCAUGGGCGGCACAGCGCAAUUUGUCGCAGGCAUCAUGGAGUUCCGAGUGGGAAACACAUUUGGGACGACUGUGCAUUGCUCUUAUGGCGCCUUUUGGCUCAGCUAUGCCAUGUUCCUGAUCCCUUCACUUGGCAUCCAGAACGCAUACCAAGGAGACCAGAGGGCAUUUACUUUUGCCCUCGGGAUCUAUCUGAUCACAUGGUGUUUCCUGAGCUUCAUGUUCCUGGUUGCCGCCCUGAGGACCAAUUACACCAUCGUCCUCGUGUUUUUCUUCCUCGUCUUGGCCUUUUUGUUUCUGUCGAUCGCCAAUUUCAUCGCUACGGAGCACCCGGUCGCGAGUCUGAGAGUGAACAAGGCCGGCGGUGCCUUCACGGUCAUCUGUGCCUCCAUUGCCUUCUAUGCCGGUGGUUCAGGGCUGAUGAUCCCGGAUACAACUUUUGUUCGCUUCCCGUUGGGAGCUAUUCCACGACCGAACGAGUCCGCUUAA